CAGGAAGUGCUUUCAGGAAGUAGUUUGCCGAUGCUGGCAACGUUGAGUGACAACCCACACGGCAACUCGCCGAGCAGAUAAUCAAGAUGGCAGGUCUGUCUUUAUAUUUUGAAGAUGGUCACGACGAUCUGGAUGACUUUGGGUUCGAUGACUAUGGAUCAGAGUGCGAUGGUAUCCGAAUCACAGCGUUCCUGGACGCAGGGCAGGACAACCUAACUCCUCUAGGCAGGCUAGAGAAAUAUGCCUUCAGUGAGAAUGUCUUCAACAGGCAGAUUGUGGCGCGCGGGCUGCUUGACGUGCUUCGAGAGUUCAGUGACAAUGAGAAUGACUUUAUCAGUGUCAUGGAAACAGUUGCCAGAAUGUCAGAAGAUGGAGAACCCACAGUGCGUGCAGAGCUCAUGGAGCAGGUCCCAAACAUCGCCAUGUUCCUACACGAGAAUCGGCCCAACUUCCCCGCAGCCUUCUCCAGAUACCUGGUGCCCAUCGUCGUGCGCUACCUCACAGACCCCAACAACCAGGUGCGUAAGACCAGCCAAGCAGCACUGCUGGUCCUGCUGGAGCAGGGUCUGAUCUGCAAGGCCGACAUGGAGACCAAAGUGUGUCCAGUCCUCCUGGACCUCACAGAGCCCAGCAGUGAUGAUGACUACAAGAUAGAAGCUGUGGCGAUCAUGUGCAAGCUGGUGACAAUGUUGAGUAAAGACACUGUGGAGCACCUGCUCCUGCUGCGUUUCUGUGAGCUGUGCAGUGACGCCAGGCUCUUCCAAGUCCGCAAGGUGUGUGCAGCUAAUUUCGGCGAGUUCUGUUCCAUCGUGGGCCAGGAUGCCACAGAGAAACUACUGAUGUCCAAGUUCUUCGACCUGUGCUCGGACAGCCUGUGGGGCAUCAGGAAAGCCUGCGCCGAGUGCUUCAUGAUCGUGUCCAACUCCACCUCCCCGGAGGUGCGACGCACUAAACUGUCCCCUCUCUUCAUCAGCCUCAUCAGUGACCAGUCCCGCUGGGUGCGUCAGGCAGCCUUCCAGUCUCUGGGCCGCUUCAUCUCCACCUUCGCCAACCCCUCCAGCACAGGCCUCCUCUUCAGAGAGGACGGCACCCUGCUGGAGAUGCCCAGGUGUUUUUCUGACAGUGAGUCACCCUUGUGUAUCCAGUCCUCCAUGAGCUGCUCUGAGUCUGGAGGCUGUCUGGCGGGCAGGACCGGCCGUCACACCCCAGCCAACCAGGACGGGCGGGCCACCCCCGCCCCUGAGCUUCUCUCCAGGGGGGACCAUGGAGCCAUGGAUCCCCCGGGCCCCGGCACCCCUUCCUCCAGCUGUGGAGACGGACAUGGACCCCACACACACAACCACAGCCACAAGCCCGUAUCAGUCACGGAAAACAGCAAAGAGUCGGAUCAGACGGACGAGAACUUUAACUCUUUCCACUACUGGAGACCUCCUUUACCGGACAUCAGCGGAGAUCUGGAGAUGCUGCAGGGGCCCAUGGUCCAGGAAGAGGGGGAGGAAAAGGAGGAGAGGAAGGAGGUAGAUGUGGGAGAGGUGGGGCUGGAGGAUGGGGAGGUGGAGGAGGCAGAGGAGGAGUACCGGGGGCUAGAUUCCAGCCAGGGACCGGCCACCAGCUCCCAGAUUCAGAAGGUUCUGGACUGUCUCCAGCCUCACAUGGAUGACCCGGACGUACAGGCUCAAGUCUCUGUGCUGUCAGCCGCCCUAAAGGCAGCCCAGCUGGAGAGCCAAUCAGAAAGUCAGCCUGACAGCCAAUCCGAUAGUCAGGCUGAAAGCCAGUCCGAAAGUCAGUCCGAAAGUCCAGCAGCCAACCAAACGGAGGAAAGCGAAGCUCCGGAGGCCCAAUCGGAGAACGGCGAGAGCAGCCCAGUGGAGGAGCAGGUGUCAGACCCGGCUCCGAGGCUGGAAGCGGAGCCCAGCCCCACCCAGGAGCAGGCCGAGACCCAGACAGAAGCAGAAGCAGACGCCCAGGAGAACCAGGAGAACCAGGAGAACCAGGACUCUCCUUCAGACUCCCCCGUCCUGGUACGGGAUGACUCUGACCACAGCAGUGUGGAUUCUGAGCUGAUCGAGAGCGUGGAGGAGGAGAGGAAGGAUGGCUCUUCUUCAGGUCAGGUGUAUGAGGAAAAACCCAAGGUUCAGAACGUGAUCCCCCAGCAGCUGCUGGACCAGUACCUGUCCAUGACGGACCCGGCCCGGGCCCAGACGGUGGACACGGAGAUAGCCAAGCACUGUGCCUUCAGCCUGCCCGGGGUGGCCCUGACGCUGGGCCGGCAGAACUGGCACUGCCUGAAGGAAACCUACGAGACGCUGGCCACGGAUGUCCAGUGGAAGGUGAGAAGGACCCUGGCCUUCUCCAUCCAUGAGCUGGCGGUGAUCCUGGGAGACCAGCUCACGGCUGCAGACCUGGUGCCCAUCUUCAACGGCUUCCUCAAGGACCUGGACGAGGUCCGCAUCGGGGUCCUCAAACACCUCUACGACUUCCUCAAGCUUCUCCACGCAGACAAGCGGAGGGAGUAUCUGUACCAGCUUCAAGAGUUCAUGGUCACAGACAACAGCCGCAACUGGAGGUUCAGAUACGAGCUGGCAGAGCAGUUGAUCCUGAUCAUCGAGUUGUACAGCCACUAUGAUGUGUAUGACUACCUCAGACAGAUAGCCCUUACCCUCUGUUCAGACAAGGUGUCUGAGGUCCGGUGGAUCUCCUACAAGCUGGUGGUUGAGAUCCUUCAGAAGCUGUACGCGUGUGGAGCCCAUGACCUGGGCUUGAACUUCAUUAACGAGCUCAUCGUCCGGUUCUGCCACUGUCCCAAGUGGGUGGGCCGACAAGCCUUUGCCUUCAUCUGCCAGGCCAUCGUGGAGGAGGACUGCAUGCCCAUGGAGCAGUUUGCCCAGCACCUUCUCCCCAGCCUGCUCAGCCUCUCCUCCGACCCUGUGGCCAACGUGCGCGUGCUGGUGGCCAAGGCCCUGCGGCAGAGCGUCAUGGAGAAAGCGUACUUCAAGGAGCCUGGCAGUGCCUACUCUGAUGAGCUGGAGGAGACUGUGAUGGCGCUGCAGGCUGACAAGGACCAGGACGUCCGUUUCUUCGCUAGCCUCGACCCCAACAGAGCCCUGCUGGACACGGCUGCCUUAAUCUAGCCUCUCACAGCCCAGCCCCUGGUGCCCCCCACCUGCCUGUCUACCUACCUGUCUGUGUGUCUGUCUGACACAGUCAGCAACUUACCAGCACCAGAUCAGACCACUCGCCAGCAGAACAGACCUGCGCCAAGGCACUGAUGACCACUCACACCUGCGCGUGCACACACAAACACACACACACACACACACAUGCUUAACAAUAGUGUGUGUGUGCUCAGAAAGACACCUUCACUUUCACACACACUAGAACAAGCACUCUUCUCUCCGGGGGAGGCGUGCCCACCCCCUUCCCCACCUCCAGAGAGGAUUGAGCAGGGCUCGGGUGAGCUGGAUCUCCCAUAGGAUGCACCACCAGCCCCUCAGCCCUCCAGGACUGUCCCUCUCCCUCUUACCAGCACCCUCACACGGACUCCACCAGCAGACUGGAGGACAGCACAGCCAGCUCACUCUACUCUGCUCUCUCCAAAGCUAAUUGUGAUUGUUUUUAUUUUAUUAUUAUUACUACUUCCUCCUUUUUGUAUUUAACCAACCAACAAGCCGCCAGGCAGGCAGGAAGGCCUCGACAGGCUCUCUGCCUUCCACGGCCACUAACUCAGGGGGACUGAUGGAAACAGACAGCAUUAGCAACAACCAGCGCUGCUGACUCAGCACGGGAAGUUAAACUGGUAAAACUCCAACCAGCCACAAAGCACCCCCACCCCCCACCUGUCCUCUCCGUGGUACUGAAUUGUCCAUGUGUGUCUCGCUCUUUCUGUAUCACCCCCCCCCCCCCCCCCCCCCCCCCCCCCCCCCCGACUCUCCCAUGCAGUCUGCCUCCUCUCUCCUCUAAUGUCUUCACGGGCCUCUGAAACCACUACUGCGCAGCGGGGGACAGCUCCAGCUGCUCCCAGUAGACCUCUGGUGGUAGAACCUGCUCAGAUACUUCUAAAAGGAACGUGUCUGAAUCAACUGUUUGAUCUCGUUUCUCAGUGCGUUUGUGCGCACUCAUGCACAUGCGUUUGUUUACCAAUAAUGUGACAAGUCUCCCGUUCUGUUGGAGACAAAUGAAAUACCUCUGUUGAGACGAGGCUCUGUCUGGUGUGGAGGGUGGUGGGGGGGGGGGGGGGGGGGGGGUGAGGAGGACAUUCAUCUGUGACACUGACGGGGGAGGGGGUCUUAUUGUUGAUAAAGGGCUUCAGGUGAAGUGACCAAGGUGUAAUGUAAACCAUGAGGCAAGUGCAGGAUCAAGACUACAUGGAACAGGCAUGUUUCAUUGCAGUUAAAACUCACCUUCCCUUCUGCCACACAGUUCAACCAAUUCCUCGUUUGGUUGACAUCCUGGUAUUUAUUAUGUGGCGUUAGUAGCUCGGUUGGUCUGACUACCCACAAUUGUACAGUAGCCUAUAGGAAUGAAUGAGUGAGUACUGGCGAUGUAGCAAGGGUCCCAGUCUGAGAGGCUGCAUAUGUACCAAGUUUUAAUAUGUACCAGGUAUCAUAAGAUUAGCAACUGUUCAAGCAUUGUACAGCAUAACCUGUGGAAACGAUGUGUGUUUGUGAAACCAAGGCCAGUGUAAGGGUUGACGUUCCCCUAUUGACAUAAGUGAAUAUAACGGGAGCAGUCACCAAGUCACUUUUGUAGUCUUUUUAAAAAAAAUAUAUAAAAAAACUUUUCUCCAGUGUAUAAAUGGCAACUCUUUGUUAAACCAUAAACAGGACAGGAGAACUGAUUGUGGUGUAUGGUGUGCAUCUCAACUCUGUUCCUCAGUAUAAAGGAGAGGUCGUUGUGGUUUGGCAGUAGCUACUCAUCUCAUCUCGGUCUGAAAUUCGUGCCCAUCUUGUUUUUGUUUUUUUUUGUGGUAGAACUGUUAAUAUAUGCAUUUUAUGAAAUUUAUUUUUCUUUUCAAUUAUGCACCAUUGUUCAGAGAUUUUAUAUCCUAACUUUGCAGAAUUUGAGACCUUUGUAAUAUUCAAUGGUUUCUUUUAAAAUACAUUUUAUGUAAUGUUAUUUUUAGAAUUCUGUAAUUAAAAUUAUUAAAUCCGAAAA